AACUUUUACUAUGGCGAUAGAGUAUGAUGCACUCCUACAGAAACUUGGGGGAUUUGGGAGAUAUCAGAAAGUUCUUCUGGUUGUAUUAUUCUUUCCUGCCAUUUUCGAUGCUAUGCAAGGCUUUCUUCCGAACUUCAUUUUAGCUGAACACAAACACAGAUGUAAAAUUCCAAAUGAACAAGACAGCUAUGAACGAAAUGCUACACAUCAUCCAGUCUACAAUGUGUCAAAAUGUUCUGUACAAUACAAUGGAACAAGUCAGAAGUGUACAGAAUGGGUUUACGAUCAAUCAAUCUUUACAGACAGUCUGAUAUCAUCAUUGAACAUUGUAUGUGAUGAAAAAGAAUGGCGUGAACACUUAAUUCUAGCAGCCUUAUUAGGAAUGUUCUUUGGAAACAUUGGUAACAAUUUGAUGUCUGAUUUGUAUGGAAGAAAAUUAACAGUAUGUUUAGACCUUAUAAUAUACACUAUUGGGAGCGUACCACUACCAUGGACGGAAAACAGAAUAGCUCUGCUAUUCCUCAGGUUUCUUGCAGGCGUAGGUGGAGUAGGAUAUUACCAGAUCGCUUUUAUUUUAGGAACGGAGCAAGUAUCCCCUCAAUACAGAGUGGCUGUGAAUUUUCUGGAGCAUUUCAUAUUUACAAUAGGCCAGUUUAUUCUAUGUCUUGUGGCGUAUUAUCUACGCGAUUGGCAUAACUUAGCUAUGGCAUGCGGAUUACCUUUCCUUGUCACUAUAUUCCAUUGGUUUUUUAUUUACGAAUCACCAAGAUGGUUGUUAGCGAAAGGAAGAACAACAGAAGCAUUAGAAAUUCUGAAGAAAGCAGCAAAGAUGAACAAAGUAGAAUUUGAUUUUGAAUCAGAUGAAAUAAAACUCAACAAAGAACAUGCUGAACCGUUUCUUAAAUCUUUUAAAGCUUUAUUUGGCUCCUUCAGGCUGGUUAGACGUUUACUUAUUCUGGCAUUCUGUUUUUUUGCUGUUAACCUGACUUAUUAUGGGAUAAGCUUGAACAUUGGAAUUUUGGGAGGGAAUAUUUAUAUCAACUUUGCUAUUUCUUCGCUGAUGGAAUUGCUUGGUGUAACGUUUUCACUCAUCACGCUGAACAGAAUUGGUAGAAAGAAGAUGCAUUGUAUAUCAUUACUGAUUGGCGGGACUAGUUGUCUCUGUACUAUAUUUACAUCAUUAUAUGCACCAAAAGAUCUUUAUUGGAUAACCAUUGCUUUAGCUAUGAUUGGUAAACUAGCGGUGACUAUUAAUUUCUUUGUGGUGUACACAUUCACGGCAGAACUAUUCCCUACCGUGCUUCGAGGUGUGGCAAUGGGUAUGUGUAGUACUACUGGUAGAAUUGGAACAGUUUCGUCUGCAUACAUAGGUGCAUUGGGCAAAAAUCUUGAAACAGAUUUCGGAAGUGCUUUGCCACUUAUUAUAUUUGGAUCAGUUGGUUUGAUUGCUGGCAUCACUAGUCUUAUUCUACCAGAAACAACAGCAAAAUCUUUACCGGAGACGGUAGAGGAUGCGGAUACACUGGACAAUAAAAGUAACGAUGACCCAAGGAACGCUGCAGAUUCUGCCACAGAAAUGCAUCCAAAUUAUUCUACACGUUUGUAAUCCAGAGUCCACUCAAAUAAGAUGGAAGUUUGAAGGGAAAUGGAUACACCAC